GCCGAGGCCCCCUCGCCGCCGCCGCCGCUCGCCCCCCCGGCCGCCCCCACCAUUCAGCGAUCCAGCCAUCCAACAGAUAUGCCCUGCGUCCAAGCCCAGUACAGUCCUUCGCCCCCUGGCUCCAGUUAUGCGGCUCAGACCUUUGCCUAUGGCUCCGACUACAGCCCCGAGAUCAUGAACCCCGACUACGCCAAGCUGACCAUGGAGCUGAGCGGCGGGGAGAUCAGCGCCACGGCCACCACCUCUCUGCCCAGCUUCAGCACUUUCAUGGAGGGCUACUCCGGCAGCUACGAGCUCAAGCCCUCUUGCCUAUACCAAAUGCCGUCCUCCUCUUCCUCGCCGUCCUCCUCGGCCAGCCAGCGGCCUCUGGUCAAGAUGGAAGACAGCCGGCUGCACGGCUACCACCCGUCUCUGCCUCCCGCCGCGGAUGAGGGACUGGCCAACCCGUCCAUGUACUUCAAGCAGUCCCCUCCCUCCACCCCUACCACUCCGGGCUUCCCCCCGCACCAGGCUCCCUGGGACGAGCCGCCCCCCCUUCCGCCCGCGCAGACCUGCAUGGCCUCGAGCCACCUGAUGGACGCCGCCCCCAUGAAAACCGCCCCUGGUCGCUUCCCCAUCUUCCAUUUCAAGCACUCACCACCCCACACGCCCCCAGCUGGUGGCCACAUGUGCUACGACACCUCUGCCUUGAGCCUGCCCAUGGCUCCGGAAAGGCCUACCGCUGGCCAGGCCAUGAUGGAGAGCCACCCCUACGGGUUGCCCUUGGCCAAGAGGGCGGCCGCUUUGGCCUUCUCGCCGCUGGGCCUUAACCCGCCCCCCUCCGGUCUCCUGGGCGAGAGCAGCGGCGGCAGCAGUGGCCUCCCCUCGCCCCCCAGCAGAAGCUCCUCCUCAGGGGAGGGCACCUGCGCCGUGUGCGGGGACAACGCAGCCUGCCAGCACUACGGGGUACGCACCUGCGAGGGCUGCAAAGGAUUCUUCAAGAGGACAGUUCAGAAAAAUGCAAAAUACGUUUGCCUGGCUAAUAAAAACUGCCCCGUGGACAAGCGCCGUCGAAACAGAUGUCAAUACUGCCGAUUUCAGAAGUGUCUCAGCGUCGGCAUGGUGAAAGAAGUCGUCCGCACUGACAGCUUAAAAGGGAGACGAGGGCGGCUGCCUUCCAAACCAAAGAGCCCGUUACAGCAGGAACCUCCCCAGCCUUCCCCACCGUCUCCGCCCGCCAGCAUGCUGAACGCCCUUGUGCGAGCUUUAUCCGACUCGGCGCCCAGGGAGCUGGACUACUCCAGGUACUGUUCUACGGAGCAGGCUGCUGCAGGUACCGAUGCCGAACAUGUCCAACAGUUCUACAAUCUUCUCACGGCCUCCCUUGACAUCUCCAGAAGUUGGGCGGAGAAGAUCCCAGGAUUUACGGACCUCCCAAAGGAAGAUCAAACAUUACUCAUUGAAUCAGCUUUUUUGGAGCUUUUUGUACUGAGACUGUCCAUCAGGUCUGACACCGCUGAAGAUAAGUUUGUUUUCUGCAAUGGACUCGUGCUUCAUAGACUUCAGUGCCUUCGCGGAUUUGGGGAGUGGCUCGACUCCAUUAAAGACUUUUCCUUAAAUUUACAGAGCCUCAACCUUGAUAUCCCAGCCUUAGCAUGCUUAUCAGCUCUAAGUAUGAUCACAGAACGACACGGAUUAAAAGAACCAAAGAAAGUGCAUGAGCUAUGCAACAAGGUCAUGAGUGGCUUGAAAGACCACUUAGCCUUCAGCUGCCGGAGCAAAGGGCCACCUUUUGAACCUGCCGACGAGUCGAAGGUGCUGGGGGUGCUGGCUGACUUGCGCUCGCUCUGCACGUUAGGACUGCAGCGGAUCUUUUACCUGAAGCUGGAGGAUCUGGUGCCGCCCCCCUCCAUCAUCGACAAGCUGUUCCUGGACACCCUGCCGUUCUGAGGAUUUCGGGGGGCCAUAGGGGAAGGGGACUGUCUCCUGGAGCAGGCAGAAGGAUCGGGACUGGCUUGCUAACAGCGCUGCUCCCAUUUAACAGGAGAAAAGAAACCCCCAAGGAUUUCCUGCCCUAAUUGGUGGACUUUUUCUAAUGCAUUUCCUUGCAAAUUGAGGCCUAAAACAUGACUUAUAGUUCCGGAGGAAGGGCAUUGGGGGAGGGGGGAGCCCAGUGCUGUUUGGAGUCUGGGUUUGUUUGUUUUUUUAACGGCUGAUAUGGCACUUUGGAACGAUGCUACCCCAGCAGGGAAAAAAUAAAAUAAAAAUAAAGAUGUUAAUAGGACUGUUGAAAAUCUAUUGCAUCCUCUGCGGUGAAUAGACAAUUGUAGAUGCUGUGUGUUUUGAAACCAGGAACAACUGCAAAUUGUUCAUCAGGGUAGUCUGUUUUACAGUUUAUACCUUUUAGCAUACUUCCCGGACAAAGGGCACUUCUAUGCUGGCACAAGUUAAAAAUGUCCUCUCGCUCUCUUGUUUCUCCUUUUUUUAAAAAAAUUUUAAAAAAUUCUAACGUCGGUUCAUGAUUUCGUACAAAAUCAGAUUAUAGCAAAACGACAAUGGCUGUUAGCCCCUCCCCCCCCCGUGGUCAAGUGCAAUUUUUUUAAAAGUGCUGUCUUACUAAGUCUUGUUUAUUAACUAUAAUUUAUUUUAAUAUGAAAAUGAAAACAAAAAGAAAUAAAAGUGAGGAGGAGGGGAGGGGAAAUAACGUGGGGGUUUUUACAUGCACUAACUUCCAGGACAAAGUUUUUUUUCCCAAACUUUGGAUCAAUGUAGCAUGACAUACUGACAAGCAUUUGUGGAAAGCGAGAGGCAGGAGCGAUUUGCAACGGGGUGGGCAGGGGGGGGGUCACCCGUGAGCCCCUUGUGGGCUGACGGAGGAAAGAACAGAGCAUAAGUGACUGGAGCGGACAGGGUAAGCGUCAGGUUUUAGAAUUUAGCCAAUCGGUUACUAAACCGAUUCAAGACCAUGUGGAAGAACAGGCUUGUAAAAAAAAAAAAAGGAAAUAGUCUGAAUGUAAAUGUUAGGAAAGGGGGUUUUGUGGGUUGAAUUUUAAACAUUCCGUGUAUGUUACUCCCCUUUUUGUAUGUUUAUACUGUUGAUGCCAUAUUAAUAUGAAACAAUUUGUUGCAUAGUGUCCUUAAUUUGUAUAAAUAUUUGUAUGCAUGAUCUAUUGUAAAGCUUGGCCUGUAUUUAUUGCAAAUGACUGCCAGCUCCUGGAGCCAUGUUACACCGAGUGACGAAAUAGCGUGUUCACACUUGACUCAGUUAUAUAAUGGGUGUGUGGGUGUGGAUAGUCUCUCUCUCUCUGUCGCACGCACAGGUUAUGUGUGUGUUUUUAUUAACCAGUUGUAUAUAAAAAAAAAAACCCUGCCCUUUCACAAGCAAACUUUUAUCUUUACUGUUUCUUUUGCAGUGACUUUUAAGGCAGUACAAUCUAGCACUUUGAUAUUAAAGAAAAAAAGUAUAACUUGCUCAUGUUUUGCUAACUUAAAAUAAUAUUUAAAUAUUUUCGUUCUUUACAAAAAAAAAUUUAUAUGCACUGUAUUAAGUCAAGAUUUCAUUGGUCAUUUUGCUAAGAAAAAAAAAACUUUUUGAAUGUCAA